AUGGAUAUUGAGACAUUAAACGAUAUCCAUGACGAUGACGAUGACGACAAUUUUCCUCCACUACCAGCAACUUUGCCGCCAUUUUUUAACGUUUCUACCAAAACUUCCAACAAUAUUUUCAAUAAAAAUACUGAAAUUAACGAAGUUGAAGUUACACGUGAUGAGAACUUACCCCUCGUACCUUCACCAUUGACAUUUGAUUUCAAAAUUCACAAGGAACUCAACAAUGACGUCAUUAAUAACGUAAUAAAUGACGAAGAUGACGACGAAGGUUUUCCUCUUCCGCCUCCGGAAGAAUUAUUAUCUCCGAGGAUGUCGGUGCCGACAUCGGCUGGUUUGAUGACAGCUGUGAGUGUCUUUACCAAAGAAAAUACUAUAGAAAUUUUAAAAAAUAUUGUUUCAAAUAAUGAAAGUCUGAAUGAUUUUAAUGACAAAUUGAAUAUUCCAAAUGUUGGUUGUAAUAAAACAUCGGUAUCCGACGAUAUAACCGGUGUAAAUCGAACCGUAGUACCGAUAGAAGAGAUUGCAAAUAAUAACGAUAUUUCGAUAAUAAGUGUAUCUCAAUCAUUCGCAAAUGUACAAAGGGAGGAUACAAAAACAUCGUCAUUGAGAGAUUUUCAUUCGCCGGCUCCUUUCAAACUCAUUAAAAACCCUUCCUUCUCAUCAACUAGCAUGUUCAACCUACCUUUCAUAAACAAAUUUAUGGAUGUAGUUGAUAAUAAUUUAAGUGUCGUGAUUGACUCCGAGAAAGAAGCAACAAUCAAUCUCGAAUCAAUAUCGGGUAACGUUGCGGAAGAAAACCCGUUAUCAAUCGAUAAGAAUGAAUAUAAAGCGGACGAAGAAAAAGAUUCUGGAAUAUUCUCAGGCUCGGAAAUUGUAAAACUGCCUGAACUUUCACCAAAUAACUUUGAUGCCAGCGUCGAGAAUGAAGUGUUCGUGAACAGUGACGAUGUCAUUUCUUUUAAAAAACCUCUACAAAACCAAGGCAAUACAAUUAGCUCUGGUUCAACCAAUGGUUCGUCCAAUCGUUCAUACGACUCCGCGAUGAAGAAACUUACAAACUGCCAACUAAACGACGUAUUGAAAGAUUAUUACAAAGAUGAUGAAACCUCGAAUGAAAUAAUCAAAAAUGAAACAGAAACUGAAAAUGUUGAAGAUAAAAAACCGCAAAAGCCGCUAAUCGCCCAAGCACUCUUGCCUAAAAAUCAGAGAUUAACAAGCGAAUCUGGACAAAAUAAUGUCGAUCCUAGUUCGGCAUUCAACAAGCAAUCAUUCAACGUGACGUUGAACGAGUUGAAAAGUUUUUUGAAUCCUGAAACUGGAGUGAAGGGCAAAUUGAAAAGUGCCGAUGAUUUCUAUUUGGGAAAAAUUACGAAAAAAAAUUCUUCAAGUGAACAGGACGAAAAAGAUUUAGAAUCAAGAUGGGUCGAUAAUAAUAAAACAACUCUUACAAAAAAUGUGAGCACCAUAGUUGUUGAACAGAAAUCUACUGAUAAUAAUCAAAUAAUUUCCUUUAAAAAUAAUUUCAAUGAUUCGAGUUUGUUAAACAAAAACUUAAUAUCUGCCACACCUACGAACAAUAUUUCAGAAUACGCGUACAACAACACCAGUAAACUGACAACAAUGGAGUUAAAUGCCAACAACACGGCACCCAAACAGCCAGAAAAGCUGCCGAAACUUUCGAAGAGCGUUUCAUUGAAGAGCCCUCCAGGACAAAGACCAAAAGUGCCCAACGUCAAAGGAUUCACAGAAGAACAAAUUCAGCAGUUGUUAGAAAGUCAAAAGUCGCAAAAUCAAAAUAAGACAAGUAGCGUGAACAAUGACAACAUUUCAACAUUUCAAGGUAUGCAAAAUAAAAAUGUAAGCAGCACUGAGACUAAAGUUGCGAGUCCUAAUGUAUAUAGCUACUCUAAAACCUUGGAAAAUAAUUUUUCAAAAUUUUCAAAAAUCUCUAACGAUAAUGAUAAUGAUGUCUUCAAUGCAAAUAUAAACACGGAAAAUGAGAAAAAUAAAGAAAAACGGGGAGAAGCAAAAUCACCAGGUGCACAUCAAACCAUAGAAUUAAACUUAAGAUCAAAAAAGUUAUUUUUUGAGCAGAUAUCCACGCAAGAAAGCGACCAACAAACGAAAAAGAGAGGAGACAGUGCUGAUUUCAAAUUAAAACCAUCUUUCAGUGAUUCCUCGUACCAACGUAAUAAAGUUUUUGAUAAAGGUAGCAGCAUUGAAGACGAGUUGAAACUUGUUUUAGAAAAAAAGAUAUUUCACGGCAAAGAUAAUGAAGAGGAAAUUAAUAAAUUUACUAAAAUUAAUUCGACACCAAGAAGCAGUUCAAUCGACAAAAGCACGAUCGAUGGGUUAAAUAAUGAAGACAGCGUUAAUGCAGAAGGUAAGGACGCAAUCUUUACUCCACCGGUUUCUGAAACUAAAGCUUUUUUUGAAUCAAAAAAUAAUGGCAUCACGAAACCAUUAAAACCACAAAAUGUUACGAACGUAACCUUAAAAAAGUCAUCUUCCCUGCUAGAUAAGUCAGCAUUUCACAGAAUGGUCGCAUUCAAACCAGAACCAAAGUUGAUUCAAAAAUCCAAAAAUGUUAAUAACGAAAGGUCACUUGGAAUAGAUGCUCAUACUAAGUAUGAACAAGAAACAGUUGAAACACUGGUGAAUAAAUACAAAAUUCUGCACAACAAACCUCUCACGGAAAGGAAAAUUCAUCCCAUCAGUAAGUCGGUUUCAGUCGAUCAGAAAGUUUCAGUGCCAGAUGAAUCUGAAAAGAAGAAGCUUCCAGGUAAAAGCUUAGCAUCAUUAAACGUUGCGUCCAAUGUCCUGGGUGCCAAAACUUGGAGUGCUACUUUGAAAGCUUAUGCUCAAAAAUCUAACAAAUAA